GUAGGCCUAGGAGUCCGAGGACCACGUUAUUCAUCAUGGCAAAUUCAAUCUGUUUACUACACGAGGCUAGUCGCAAACCAAGGCUUUUUAUACAGAAUUUGGCUGUUUAAGAUUCUACUGGCUGUUGGCUGGUAGGCCUCCAUGGUGUAUCUACCUCUCUAGGAAAAAAUCAGCUCAUUGAAAGAGGCUAGUAGAGUAGAGUACAGUAAGUGUGACCAGACUAUCGCAUAAUAAUGCUACGCCUACGAGUGUGGUGGUGGCGCUGGGUCAUUGCCGUUAGCGCAUUUCUGCAGCAAAUAGCGACAUACGGGAUGUUGUACAAUUACAGCAUUUUAUUCGUCAGUCUGCAGAAGGAAUUCGACUCCGGGGCUGUCCUGGCUGGAUGGCCAGGCUCUCUUGCAUCGAGUCUUGCCAACUUGAUGAGCCCUCUGACCGCCCUUCUGAUGAUGAGGAUGAAAGCUGUAAAAUUGGUCAUCCUCGGACACGUCAUCAUAUGCGUUGGAUAUCUUCUAACCUCCAUCGUUCCUGCGCUAGGCUACGCCGUGUUUACCUUCGGUGUCAUGGGUGGAGUUGGCGUUAACUUCGUGACCCACGCGGUCACGGGGUUGGUUUUGGAGUGGUUCCCCAAGGACAAUUUCAGUCGAGCAAAUGGCAUUUCUGUAACGGGAACAUCAACAGGUAUGUUGGCCUACAGUUUCUUGUUAAGUACUUGCAUCACUCAGUUCGGAUGGCGACGGGCUCUGAGAUACAUCUCUGUGGGGACAUUGGCGUUAGGUAUCAUGGCGAGCUUCUUUCUGACUGACCCACCGACGGAGGACGAGGGUAACAAUGAGGGGGGUGAUGAGGGAAAACCCGGGGUAGACGAAAGGAAACAAAUCACCCUAGAGACAGUUGAAACCUUGGAUCCGGACCACCCUACAGAAAGAACGUUGGUGGGAGAGGAUCUAGGAGAUGAAGAGGAACGCUGUGAAACCCACGAAGACAGGAUCCACACGCCAAGCUGCGAAGUUAAAGGCAGUAGUAGCUGCUUCGUUGACUGGGAGGUGUACCACAUGAUAACGCAUAUUGACCCAUGGGCAUGGACUAUAGGAGCUUGUUUGGCCAUGGCCAGUUUCAUGGAUGGCCACGGUCUUAGCAGUGACCGCAUAGCAGUAGUCAUCAUGUUUUUCGCCAUUGGAGAAAUUGGGGGGAAAGUUCUCUUCACCGUGGUCGGGGAUCAUCUGCCGUGUCAACGGCUCUACUUCCUGGUGGCCUCGGUGUUUUUAGGAACCAUUGCGUUGGGCGUCAUGACGGUGGUACAGACCUUCCAACAAAUGAUGGCGCUGUCAAUAUUUUCCGGAUUCCUGAGAUCUUUGAUAUACGGACACUCGAAUGCAGUUGUUGCUGAUAUUUUCUUCAAAACCUAUAGUUCCAAUGGUGUGGCGAUUCUAGCACUGUUUCCUUACGGCAUCGGGUCACUUAUUGGUGCCCCAUUGUCAGGUGGACUGUAUGACAUCACGGGUAACUACAUCCUUAGCCUGGUCGUCAUCGCCGCCAUCUUUUUUUGCGCAGCAUUCGCAUUUUUGACCAUCGAAUUUCAUCGGCGGUUGGCAUCGCGAGAUUGUUGUUGCUUCUCCUCCGGCAAGAAUCGUCCUGCGUUGUUGUGA